GUCGACGUCUUCCUCGAGGAAGAGAAUACGGAGAGUUGGCGAGUUGAUGCGUUUAAAGUGUCAGUGGUGUCGAAUUCGUCGAAACCUGAUGGGAAAACGCGAGAUAUUUUGAACGAACAAAAUGACAUUUUGGAGAAUUAUAUGAAGACGACGAAAUUGGUGUACUUCACGCGAAUCAAUUUGUAUAACAUCGAAGGACAAAAGACGGUAUUGGCAAAAAAGCUGAAGGAGUGCUCGACAAUACGAGCCAAAAUCCCGAAAAAUUGGGAGAAGGUGUCUGUGUUGUCUGAGAGUGAGUUGGCGAGUCGCAUUCGAAUCAUCCAGAACGGCGUUGAGCUGAAUGAAAACACCAAAACGAUCACAUCAAAUGAAGUGAUUUUGAAAAUUGGGGACGAGGCGAAACGGAGUGGGUUGAGCUUUAAAAAGGAAGGUCUCAAAGAGUUGAAUAACACGCACAAAAAACUUGAAGAAAAAUUGAUCAAAACGAUAUUAAAAAAUUCGGAAAGUGUUGCGUUUUCGGGGUGGAAUUUGUACGCGUCGCUGUUCGACUUUAUUAAUGAAGAAACGAAUUUGGUGCAGGCGAUGGGGACCUUGUGCUCGGGAGAAUAUAACACAAAAAGUGUUGAGAAUUCGAUAUUCUCCUCGUUGGUGUUUCUCUAUAAAAACAUUGAAGAGGAAGACGUCUUCUCGUCCGUUGAUUUGGCGUUUUGGAAGUUUCUUGAGUACGUGUUUGUGUUACUCCGAAAUGAAGUGAUUGAAGUGUUUGUGAAGAACAUUUUAGUCGAACAAUUUGCGAAAGUCAUGUGGGGGGUGUUCCGGCAGAAUAAAGAACUGCGGACGAACGCAAAUCUCGACAAAUACACUGAAAAGGAAAAUUCCGAAUUUAUAGAAGAACUGCUGAAGACAUGGAGAGAAGAUGAUAAGGCACCAACGAUCACUAUGCAUUGCACCGUUUGCUUAUUUGAAUCCAUUCUGUUCAUUGGUCUUAUCAAUGGGAAGUGUGAGAAUCGAUUUAAUAGUUCGUUUAUCGAAUUACUGAAUUCAAUGAAAACGCGAGAGGACUGUGACGAUUUUUUGGAGAUUCUUGAAUGGUACAAUGAAAGUGAAAAUUUGCAAGGAACUAGCGAAGUGAUGGAACAGUUGUACAGCGACUGUUUUGAAUAUGACAAGAAGGCAAAGGGCUUUGGAUAUUAUUUUAUGAUGUCGAGAAUCAUCCCAAAGUGCUUUCAAUUGAAAGGACUGAAAUGUGCUGAGAAAAUGAAAGAGUUUUGCGAACGAGAAGUGGACAAAGUGAUUCAUUUGAUCAACACAAAUAGUAAAAUCGACGAAAUUGAUAACUUGGAUGGAACGUUGGAAGUCUGCCUUGCUAUAAUAAAGUCACAACACUUUGACAACGGAAAGAACAUAUUUUUGGAGAAGGAUUUCCCUGUAUUUUUUGUGAAAUUGCUGGAGGUGUAUUUGUUUCCAAUUUUGGUCGUGAAAGACGGCAAUGAGACAUUCCCAAGAUGUAAGACAGAGAACUCAAGACAGUUGUGUUUCGAUUUUGUAUUGGAACUUGCGAAGAUCGGAGACCUCGGGAACUUUUUAGUUACCUGGACCUCCCGCUACAUUUCAUUUUUCGCAAAAAAAGAGUUCAAGUUUUGCACACCAUCCCUUGUUGGAAACAAGGUAGUCAUUGAUGCCUUACUGAUUUUCAGUGGAGUUGUAUCGCCACAGUUCAUGACAAAAACAACCGACGGGGAUCUCAAAAUAAUUUUGAGGGAGAUACAAACAAUUUUGUCGAAAAUACAGAACGAGCAAGAGUGUGAGAUUUCUACGAAGAACCUCGAAAACAUGUUGGAAAAGUACGACGAAAAAUGUUCCGACCAUUUACACAUCAUCAAAACGGUUUUUGGGCUUUUAAGGCAAAUUGGAUGGGACGACGGACUUGUUUUGGAAGACCAAACCCUCGACGACAUUUUCGAUCAUACUGAAAACCAAAGGGCAAAAUAUGUUGUUGUUUCCUCAAAUCGUAUCCUUCAAUUCAAAGAAAAAAUUGACAUAUUCAAUUCUCAAAACAAAGACUAUGAGUAUAUUUUGAAUGGCGAGAUAGGGGAGUCAACGUGGUUCAAGUUAGGGACGGAGUGGUUUAAGACGUCUCCUUUGGUUUCAAGCGAACGAGUCACUGUUGAGAAGGUGAGGGACUUUGGGAAGAAGUAUGAGCGGUCCGAGAAGAGCUUUGAGAACCUGAGUCAUCUCGACACGAGUGAGCUGUCCCAAACGCCACAAAUUUUCCUCUACAAGAUGUCGCCCAAAUGUGCUGUCAUUCCGCAACGCUUCUCAUCCUUUCACAACGAGAUUUUUCUUUUUUCGCGAAGCUUCCAGGACUUUGCAUUCUCUGUUGCAAAAACCUCAACUUUAUCACUUUCUAUCAAAUUUUCUCUGUUUUACAUGCAGACUGUUCUGUUUAGAAAUCCCAAUCUCCCGAAUUAUGAAGCAUGGGCGGCCUAUUUUGAUGAGAUUUAUGACAAAGUGACGUUUUGUUCAGAUUGGAUCUUUCAUUAUUUCACUCCAGAGGUCUUAACACUGUUCUUCUCUCGGAAUUAUCAGAUAUCGAAUGUGAUUUUUAAAAUGCUCAAGAAAGUUCUUUCAGAUAAAAUGGCGGAACGAUCUGAUUAUGAUUAUGAGAGAUUGAGUGAGAUUGCGACAUUUGCGGAACGGUGCAUCGUGAGUGUGGAGAAAUCGCCAAGGGAGAGUAUAGUCGACCUCUUUGAGUUCUUUGCGGUGAACAGUUUCAAAGAAAUGGAGUUUGUUGUUCUCAAGAAGAACAUCUUCUGGAGGAUAGUGAAGAUCCUCAAGAAUGGGGGUAUGAAGUACAUCAACGACAAGACUGCUGCUGCGCUUCUGAGAUGCUUCUAUACCCUUUAUGUAAAUUCCGACGUUAACGACAACGCAAAGAAGAGUAACAAGCAACUUGUCAAAUUAAGUUCCGACGAUUUUAUGGACGACGUCGAGUUUUUAUACGCUAUUAGUAAGUACGAAGUUUCUACGCUCUUUCUUGAAGAGUUUGUGAGAAUCACCUUUUUGGGAAAACCAGAGAGGAUUGUUAACUUCUUAACUUUCUUUACACAAAACGUGGGGGAGAUAUCAACUUCUCAAUUCCUCUUUUUAAAAUAUCUCUUUAAAGUUAAUGAGCGGUUUGAAGGCGAGAUGGCAAAGAUCAUGGUCAAGCCAGUUAAAAGUUUGAUAGCGAAGUGCGAGAAUGUCGGAGAGGUCGUCAGUCUGCUCAACAACGUUAUUGUUUUGUCGGAAAUUUCACAGAGCGUUUUCAUGUACCUUAAGGGUAUAUCAAAGUUUGUCAAUGAGAAGAUAUCAAAUUAUGGAAUCAAAAUUGCGUUUUUGUAA